AUUAGAGCCCAUAGUGUAGACCAGUCUUUCACUUUGGUUGAACAUUUACUUGUCAUCGCAACUGACCUCACUAGGGUCAACACACCCUUCGUCUGUAAUCUAAGUGGCCGGUUUUUGGUGGUAUUAUACUUCUUUAAGGACAAAACACUUAAUGAAUACCAGAGUAGAUAUGCCCCAGUAGUAUUUAAGUCUCCGUAGGGUAUAUAGAUCACGUUGGACCUAACUAAAUCAGCAAAAUCAAAAAGAGCCUCUCUGUCAUAGAAUUAAACAAUCAAGUACAGAAUUAAAUGUUGACAAAUCAUAGAAUAAUUGAAGCCUUUUAGAGAAGUUAUUGUUGGUUUGAAGUAAACAAAAAUAUGUUCUCCAAGAGGACUUGAGGAUGUAUCUCUAACUCUGUCUCCCCAGAGUAGAGUUUAAUUUGUAUAUGUACUUGGUCAGUGUGUUUUGGACCGAUCAGGUUCUGGGGUCCACUUAAACAGUCAUUGCCGGAGCGAGAGAGGGUAUGGACAACCUUCUUCUAAAUGUAAUCUACAGUAUGUGUCAGCUCACUGAAAUAUUCAAAGGGUUCAUCAGUGUGGAUGCACUGUGUGUUACAUGUUCAACCAAAGUGAAAUGUUGUGGGGGUUUUUUUACCCUUAAUGUCGUAGAGCCUAGCUACUACAGAAGGUGUGCACAGAUGAACAAUGUUAAUGUUAACAAUAUUAAAGAUAUUGGCAAAUAUAAGCAGUAAAGUUGACUAGGUCCUCUCCAGAGACCACAUCACACCUAUCCUACUGAAACUACACUCCAAACAUCACCGACCUCCUUCAACGUCACCCCCCAACUCGUCGCAGAUUGAGUGUACGCCAUUGCUGCCCCAGCCCUCUGGAACUGUCUCCCUCCAAACAUAUGCAAUAAAGACUCACUGACCUCAUUCAAAACCCAACUCAGAACCCACCUUUGUUGAUUACUUUGUUUGUAGAGCGACUUGUGCUAUAGGCUAAGUCUUAUGCAUUAUUAUUAGUAGUAGUAGUUUUAAUCAAAUAUAAGCUUGCUUUUAAAGUGGUGCUUUAAAAUCAAACUUGUUUUGACCCAACUCUUGUAGUUUAGUGUAGAGUUACUCACACAAGCAACCUGGCAAGUGGCUACAACAGUGUACCCGUGGUACAAAUGAGAUUACAAGGGACCUAAUGUCCCACUGCAACUCUAAUGUACAUUAUUCUAUUAUUAUACUAUUCAUCUGUCUGACGUGCAACACAAGCAAACCCUCUGGCAAAAAAUGCCUUCAUGUCAUGUGCUCUGUUUGACACUUAUUUAUUAAGCUGUGGCUGCAAAGAAAGUAGUGGAUUGCUGGUUGAAAGCAGUUUAAGAGGAGAGGUGUUGUAGGUGCUAAUGUCUCCUCACUGAACAUACUGUCAUUUCUUAGCUGCUGUCACGGCUGCAUGAACAGAAACAAACCUUCCAUCUGAUGUCUCCUGUCUGAGCUCCUGUCUGAGCCACAGGGGUUUAAAAACCUAAAUGUCCUCCUGCUGCUGUGUCGGAGCUCUCAUCUAUAGAAAUGUCUGACUUGUGCAGAGAGAGGACACUUCGGAGCAGGUUUCAUGGAUUCUGAGCCGCUGAAAGAGGCCGAUGAGGACCUGGUGUCAGAGGUCAACCUAACCAACUCCACCAUGACGGAGGAGGAGAGACAAGAGAUUCAGCAAGAACUGGCUAAAUUGGAAGAGGAGAUCGGCACACUGAGGCAGGUUCUGUCGUCCAAAGAGAAGCAGCACGCCGAGCUCAAACAGCAACUGGGCCUCACUCCUUUGAGUGAGCUCCGAAACAACUUCAGCAGAGGCUGGCAUGACAUGCAGAGCUCCACAGCCUACAAGAAGACAACAGAGACACUGUCCACAGCAGGACAGAGAACCUCAGCUGCCUUCAGCACCUUCGGCAACACCAUCACCAGGAGGUUCGGAGACUUGAGGUCCAACUCUAUAGGCUACUCUGUCCGACACUCUAUGAGCAUGCCCACCAUGAGAAACUCUCAAAGCUUCAAGUCCUUUGAGGAGAAAGUUGAGAAUACAGUGUCCACUAUCAAGACAAAGGUUGGUGGCACAGGACCCGGCGGCAGCUUUGAAGAAGUCCUCUCAUCUGCAGCAAAUGCCAGCUCUCAGGACACGCCCACUAACAACUUAACAGACAGCUCUGAAAGACCAUGUUAGAGCUGCAUCCAGGACCAAAACUAGGAACUUUAUCACGGCUGGAUCACAGCACUCUUGUCAUAAAUCCACUAAAAGCUCUGACUGAAACUUUACUUUCUUUUUUUUUUAGAUGUUUUUGGCAGAAAGUCUUUUACUGUAUGUGAUAAAAGUCAUCAGAGACUGACACCAUCAUUAACUCCUUAUUAACUUGAGGGUGCAUGAAGUGACUCAGAUCAGAUUUUUGUGGAAACACACCUAUUUUCAAGGUCAGAUUUGUGUCACUUCAGUGUGUGUUCUUAGACAUGCUGAAUGUUGACAUCAUCGACCUGCACGGUAGAUCUAAACUAACUCUCACCCUCAUAUUUUCUGUGAAAGCCUCUGUUUCCAAAUUUGUGGCAUCAGUAAAAGUCUGAUUAUUAUCUUGCAUAUCUCCCACUUUGGUACCAAGUGGUCUCACAAAUAUGACAUCAUUUUCUGUUCAGUACUGGCUUUCAGAUGGAAGACCUUCAAAGUCAUUCAAAGUUCAGUGAUCAAAUCACAGACACAAAUCGAGGUCUUAUUUAUUCCAUCCUUUUGCUUUGUAAGUUUACCCUCGGUGGAAACGGUUAAACUGGAAGAUGUACAACACAUUUGACGGCCACCAUUCUGAAGUAUAUAAAGUAUAUAAAAAUGGAUUUUAACGUUACAUAUUCAGCUUCCUAGUACUUAAAAAUGUACAUAACCCAGGCUGACAUGAUCAACCCAGAACUCCUAAAUGCAUAAAUGAUUUAAGACUAAAACUUAAAACACAUUUAAUUGUAUUUUCUGCUUUAAAAAAGGCCUUAUACGGUUCUGUGCUCAUCCAUCAGUCCACAACUCAUUUACUGCUUUAUAUGACCCAAAGAAAAUUAACCUUUUUUUGCAAAAACUAGGAAACAUUUGACUUUCUUAGCUUGAAAUGAAUGGAUGAUGAAGUAGUUUAUUUCCUUUCAGUGGACUAAUCAACUGAUGAACUAAUUGUUGCUGCUCAAAAAAAUUAUUUAAUGUUUUUAUCUGACUAAUCUAUCCAUUCUGCAGGUCAAAUUCAACUAUUUAUCAUCACAAUACAUGAUUUAACUAGAUGAAUCUUUUCAAAUGUACUUGUAACACUUAAAAACAACAACUUUCAAAUGUAACACACCUAUUUACAUGCUGUAUCUUACUAAUGUAGUCUAACCUUUACGUCAUGUACAUAUUAUUACAUUUUGUUCAUGAAUCAGUGUAAUAAUGAAUUACGUAUAUUCUAAUGACUUUGUACAUAUAAUCUUCAAGACUUUGAAAUCUGAUGCUGGAUUUGGAUUAAAACAAAACAUUUGUACACACAACUGAAUUGAACUGGGAAUUAAGAGGCGUGUCAUGGAAUUAACCUGAAGAUCAACUAAGUGUUAGUGCGCCUCCUGCUGCAGAAACCCAAGAUAGUAAAUCAGAGUCAUAUUACACGUCGUAAUGGUGUCGUACCGUCUCUGCUGCGCGUACAGGCUGAAACAUAAUCCUCGACUGUAACGUGAGACUGUAAUCCAGAUUGCGCUGUCGCUCCACAAACUUCACUGUGCGGAAUUGACCUGUUGUUGAAGCUGAAAACACUGUGUGGAGUUACUUUGUACUUGAAAACCUUGUCGCCACCAAAGAUGCAAACGACACGAAACACCGGUCGAUCAUGUUUAUGCUGUGUCUUCAUUAUUAUUAUCAUGUUUUCCUUCAUGUAGUAAAGACUGAACUGUUGAAAUGA